AAAUCACACAAUCAUAAAACUCAGACGUUAAAAUUGCAAUUAAGCUUUUAUUUUAUCUAGACAAAAUAGCAGUAGUUUACAAAGUGGGAAAACAGAGAAGGGCCAGCAACAACAUUACAAGAAGAAAGAAAUGGCGGAAGCAAAGGGAAUAGUGAAACACAUAGUCCUUGCAAAGUUCAAAGAUGAAUUCUCUGAACAACAAAUCGAAGAACAAAUCAAGGGCUAUGCCAAUCUCGUCAAUCUCAUCCCACAGAUGAAAUCAUUACACUGGGGCAAGGAUAUAAGUGCUGAAAACCUGCACCAAGGUUUUACUCAUGUAUUUGAAUCAACCUUUGAGAGUGUGGAAGCCAUUGCAGAGUAUGUAGCUCAUCCUGCCCAUGUUGAGUAUGCAAAUUUGUUCCUUUCUUCGUUGGAGAAAGUAAUUGUAAUCGACUAUAAGCCCACAAUCGUUAACCUUUGAUUGCUUUGGUUUUGUAAUGUCUCUUUGACUAUUACUAUUUCUGUUGAGAAUAAACAAUUGGAAUUGAGUUCCUCUUAUAAUAAAUGGCUUUUGGAUUGUGUGUA